AUGGACAGUCUCAAACCUGUCAAGCAACAUAUUCUCUGGAAAAAGAAGGCUGAGAUGCUCCAGUCUCGGGUGAAUGAGCUGGAGGAGGAAAAUGACUUCCUCAAGAGGCAGCUUGAAGAGAAGUCUGCACAAGAACAAGGUAUGGACUUGGAGAUAAUGGACACUGGAGGUGGGGAGCCACAGGCCAUGACUUUGGACUCCAGCACUGACACUACCACUGAUUCCAGCACUGACUCCAGCUCUAGCUCUAUCUCUGACUCUUCAGAUGAAGAAAAGAAGAAAAAUAAGCGUAAAAAGAAGAAUGGCAAGAAGAAAAGCAAAAAAAGAAAGAAGGACAACAAAAUGGUGAAGAGGUCAAACGGAAAAGGAGAGCGAGCCAGUGUCCCAGAGUUCUCAAUGAAUAUCAGUGAUGAUCUGGGGCCGGUUGCAUAA